AAAACUGUUGUUUAAAUUCACUUUUAUUGAAAAUUUCCCAUUUUCUGGCCGUGAUACAGUCAAAAUUCUUUGUGUAUAUCUAAAAUUCAUUUGGUUGUUUUAUGUGUUUAGUUUGUGUACCACGGUGCUUAGCACGGGCAAGAAGAAGAGCCACGCAUAACAGCUGUUAAUAUCAUCAUCACGAAACAGCUGAUCCGUGAGGAUUGUCGCAUUUCUGUAUUUUGUCAAUUACCAUAAGAAUAAGGAGUGCAACAAUUGCAACCACAACCCGGACACUUUAAUUGAUUUGGUCUCUUCAAAUUAUUACAGACUUUGCAGCCAUUCAAUAAAAGCCGUCUGAUGGGUCUACAGCAAAUACAGCUACAAAAACAGAACUGCCAGUGAAUAGCAAACAGAGCAAGAAGAAGCAGGAAACUGGCCAGCGCGCACGAAACAUCGUGUGAGAAGAAAUCUGAAAACACACCGACAUAAAACACACACACACACACACGGAGAGGGACAAACAAGUGAAGAGAUAUAGCAAAGCGCCGAGCGCAUUCUAUUUUAUUCACAUUUUCCACACAAAAAAGGCCGCAGCAUAGCAGCAGCAGUAGCGACAGCAACAGAAAAAGGCACAAUUGCGUCGUAUAACAAAAACAAGCACACACGAGAUUUCUGAAAAUUCAGUUUCAAGUGAAAAUCAAACAAUUGUGCGAAAAUCUAAAAUCGAAUGACCAGCAGUAUUUGCCUGUCAAAAUAGUCGAGAACAAGCUGUCAGCAGCAACACCAACAACAACAGCAUUAUUACCAGCCCUCCCUCCCUCCGCACAGCAUAGAAGAAGAAGAAAUACGAGAGUGUGUGCGUGAGUGUGUGUGCGUGAGUGUGUGUGCGUGUGAGCGGAGUCGCCAGCUGAGAUUCCCGUAAUAGCAGCAGUGCAUCAUAAUGAGCAUGGUACGACGCAUCUUUCUACUGGCUCCAAAAUACAAAAUUUGGACAAAGGGCAACCAGGUGCAGCACACACCAAGAUGCAUAUUACUGAGCACAGGCGGAACAGAAGGGAGCAGCCGAGCGAUUCUCACCAGACAGUUCCAUGUAGCCACACAAUACUGUACCGCCAAUGGGCAUCUUGUGCUGGAGCCUCUGGUGGUCAUACCCACCUACAUUGACAUAACCAAUGGUGUCACUAGCAUGUCCGAUGGGAGCAACAGCAGCAGCAGUGGCACUGGUGCGGGCAACGGUGCAGUUGGCAGUGGUGGUGGUGGUGCGAAGACACCCAAUUCCAGUGCUGGUGGCAGUGGUGCAAACACAACCGGCGGCAGUGGUCCUGGUGAUAAAUUUCUAUCGUGUCCGAAAUGCGGCAGUGCCUGCACCCAAGUGGAGACGUUCGUUAGCUCCACGCGAUUUGUGAAGUGCGCCAAGUGCAACUAUUUCUUUGUGGUGCUCUCCGACGUCGAGACGAAGCAGCGCAUCAAGGAGGAGCCAAAGAAUCAACGCAAACCGCCGCCGCCGCCGCAAAAGAUCAUGGAGUAUCUGGACAAGCAUGUGGUGGGUCAGGAGUUCGCCAAGAAAGUGCUCGCCGUUGCCGUCUACAAUCAUUACAAGCGCAUCCAUCACAAUCUGCCACAACUGCAGCAGUCGUCCGGCCAGGGCUCUGGAUCGGGCGGAUUGGAAGGCAUACCGCGCACAGAUCUCCUCCAUAUCACCGGCAUUGGUCACACACUGAAUAGCACGCCGGGCAGCGAGUUGCCGCCGAAGCCAGCGCAAAUGGGCAUGGGUGGCGGACUGACGGGUUCCGGUCUUAGCAGCGGUCUACAUACAGCCGGCAGCAGCAUUGGCAUGGGCUCGACCUCACGCGGUGAUCACCGUCCCGGCUCCGAGAUUCUCGACAACCAGAGCACCGACGUCAAAUUGGAGAAGAGCAACAUCAUCAUGCUGGGACCGACGGGCUCCGGCAAGACACUGAUAGCCCAGACAAUAGCACGCUGUCUGGAUGUACCGUUUGCCAUCUGUGAUUGCACGACACUAACCCAGGCCGGCUACGUCGGCGAGGACAUCGAGAGCGUCAUCUCCAAGCUACUCCAGGAUGCCAACUACAAUGUGGAACGCGCUCAAACUGGCAUAGUCUUUCUGGAUGAGGUGGACAAAAUUGGCGCUGUGCCCGGCAUACAUCAGUUGCGUGACGUGGGCGGCGAGGGUGUUCAACAGGGCAUGCUGAAGAUGCUCGAGGGCACCGUUGUCAACGUGCCCGAACGCAAUUCACCACGCAAGCUGCGCGGCGAAACUGUCCAGGUGGAUACCACCAACAUACUGUUUGUUGCCUCUGGCGCCUAUACGGGUCUCGAUCGCCUUAUUGGCCGGCGCCUCAACGAAAAGUAUUUGGGCUUUGGCAUGCCUUCGACAAGCGGUUCGGGUCGUAGAGCCGCCCAAUCGGCUGCAGCUCCAAUGGAGAACGAUCAGGAGGAGCGUGAUAAAUGCCUGACCAAGGUACAGGCGCGUGAUCUCGUUGAAUUUGGCAUGAUACCGGAGUUCGUUGGUCGCUUUCCGGUGAUUGUGCCGUUCCACAGUUUGAAUGUCAGCAUGCUGGUGCGCAUUCUAACCGAGCCGCGCAAUGCGCUAGUGCCACAAUACAAGGCUCUAUUGGGCCUGGACGAGGUGGAGUUGUCAUUCACCGAGGAUGCAGUUGAAUCAAUUGCAGCAUUAGCCAUGGAAAGGCAUACAGGUGCACGCGGUCUACGCUCCAUAAUGGAGCAAUUGCUGCUGGAUCCCAUGUUCAUAGUGCCGGGCUCGGACAUCAGAAGCGUGCACAUUACCGGAGACUAUGUGCGCGGCACUGAUCAGCCCGUUUACAGUCGCAGAACCGACGAUGAGGAGAGCAUCGAUGCCACAGCUGAGUCCACAGACAACACGGAGCGAACCAACGAUAAUGAUAAGAACUUUGAGGAUAGUGAAAAAGUACGGCUCAAACAGUAAACCAAACACACUAAACAAAUAACAAGCUAAGGCGCCGCCAACACAAAAAGCAAUCGCAAACACAGCAGUUGCAACAAUAGUUAAUCGCAGGAAACAGUAGCAACAACAACAACAACACUGCAUCGCUUUUCCAUUUGGUCUUUCCAACUUCACCAAAAAUGUCGCCAGUGCUUUUCAUUUACUUUUAGAGUUUUAAAUUUUUGUCUUAUAUACAUUUGUUUGCUUACAAUGCUUUAACUACUGACUUCAAAGCAAACUCUAUUUAAACUUAGUUCCCAUAUCUACUAUAUGCAUAUACGUUAAUGUGUUAUAUUAUUUUUAGUCACGUUUUAAUGAUACUUUGAGUGGCACAUAGCCCCACCUGCAAAACCACGGCCUCCUUUUUAUUUUGAAUGGCUCUUGCUCAAUUUAUUUACAUAUAAUCGCAAAUAUCCCCCUCAAUAUGCACCUGUGAUUCAGAAACUGGCAAGCAGCGUAGAAGAUUUUUACCAAUCGUUUGCAUAAUGAAUGGA